GAACAUAACUCUUGCACCUUCUUUCAAAAUUACUUCAUCGGUGUGUCAAUGGCUUUCGAGGUUAUUGAGUCGAUUCCAUAUUCGUUGGUUGGAAGGUUAUCGCAAAUCAAUUUAUUAAUUUCUUUGGCAGUUUCACGUAUGCCUACAAGAUGA